AUUUUCCCCUCCCAUGUGCUCAGACUGGCGCUAAAAGUUUUGAGCUCCUCAAAAGUCCAGAGCCAUCAUUCUGGGCGCAGGUAGCUGCGGGGCUCUGAGCAGAACUUGGCGACCGGGCUUGGAGCGUGCUUCCCAGAGGCCAGACUGCAUCCUGAACGCUGCUAUGGAGGAGCCGCAGUCGGAUCUCAGCAUCGAGCCUCCUCUGAGUCAGGAAACAUUUUCAGACUUAUGGAACCUACUUCCUGAAAACAACGUUCUGUCUCCUGUAUUGUCCCCUCCUAUGGAUGAUUUGCUGCUAUCUUCAGAAGACGUUGAAAACUGGUUUGACAAAGGCCCAGAUGAAGCCCUUCAAAUGUCAGCAGCUCCUGCACCAAAGGCCCCCACACCAGCGGCCUCUACACUGGCAGCCCCUUCACCAGCCACCUCUUGGCCCCUAUCAUCAUCGGUCCCUUCUCAAAACACCUACCCUGGCGUCUAUGGUUUCCGUCUAGGCUUCCUUCAUUCCGGGACAGCCAAAUCAGUCACGUGCACGUAUUCCCCUUCUCUCAACAAGCUAUUCUGCCAGCUGGCAAAAACCUGCCCUGUGCAGCUAUGGGUUGACUCAACACCCCCACCUGGCACCCGCGUCCGCGCCAUGGCCAUCUAUAAGAAGUCACAGCACAUGACAGAAGUUGUGAGGCGCUGUCCCCAUCACGAACGCUGCUCUGAUAGUGAUGGCCUGGCCCCUCCUCAGCAUCUCAUCCGAGUGGAAGGAAAUUUGCGUGCAGAAUAUUUGGAUGACAGAAACACUUUUCGACACAGUGUAGUGGUGCCCUAUGAACCUCCUGAGGUCGGCUCUGAGUGCACCACCAUCCACUACAACUACAUGUGCAACAGCUCUUGCAUGGGAGGCAUGAACCGACGGCCCAUCCUCACCAUUAUCACGUUGGAAGACUCUAGUGGUAACCUGCUGGGACGGAAUAGCUUCGAGGUACGCGUGUGUGCUUGUCCUGGGAGAGAUCGCCGCACCGAGGAGGAAAAUUUCCGCAAAAGAGGAGAGCCUUGCCCUGAGCCACCACCAAGGAGUACUAAGCGAGCACUACCCAAUGGCACCAGCUCCUCUCCCCAGCCAAAGAAGAAACCACUGGAUGGAGAAUAUUUCACCCUUAAGAUCCGUGGCCGUGCACGCUUUGAGAUGUUCCAAGAGUUGAAUGAGGCCCUGGAGCUCAAGGAUGCCCAGGCUGAAAAGGAGCCAGGGGAGAGCAGACCUCAUCCCAGCUACCUGAAGUCCAAGAAGGGGCAGUCUACCUCCCGUCAUAAAAAAAUAAUAUUCAAGAGAGAGGGGCCUGAUUCAGACUGACAUCCUCUGACUCUUGUCUCCCACCCCCCACCCCUGCCCUCCUUCCCUAGCAUUUUGGAACUUGGGUGCUUGAAUCCCUGCUUAGUAUAGGUGUGCCUCAGAAAUGCCUAGGAAUUCUGCCAUUUGUCUUGUCUAUAGAGUUUCACUCAAGUCAGCCUGCACUGGUGUUUUGGGGAGAGGUGAGAGCUAAGACAUACCGGCUUAGCUUUAACUGUGAAGAGUGGGAGAUGGAAGAAAAUGUUCUUGCAUGUAAGGGUUAACCUACAACCAGCCAUCCGAUGGGUUGGAAGCCCUUCUUCAACCAUGCUGACCAGAAAAGCUAUCUUCAAGUUGUUUAAUUUCUCCUAACUUCAAUACCCACAUCUAUAAAACGUUGAUCAUCGUACCUACCUCACGGGGUUUGUUGUGAGGGUUAAUGAAAUAACGUAUGUCUGGCUUUGAACUGCCUUGUAUUAGGAGGUGGCUGGGACUUGGCCCCCUUGUGGUUGUUGGUUUCCUGCCCCUGUUAGGGCGAUGUGUUGAUGGUUUCCAAGAUUGAGCAGCUGGUUAAAGGGAAGGAGUUGCCAAGUCUCUGCCGGCCAGCCAAAUCCUGUCCAACCUCUUGUUGAACCUUGGCACCUGAAAUGAAAUCUCAUCCCAUCCCACAGCCUGGAGGAUUCCAUCUCAGGCUUAUAUAGGAUCUGUGUCCACCAAGAUCUGUUUUACUUCCCCCAUAUGCUCAGGGUCAGGUUUUUGUAGUUUUGGGGGGUUUUUUAAUUUUUUUUAUUUUUUUAUUUGUUUGUUGGCACCCUGCAAGACAAAUCUGCCUUUGUCACCCCAUACCCUUUCUCUCAUUUUAUAUCCCCUUUUUAUAUCGAUUUCUUGUUUUACAAUAAAACUUUGCUACCACA